AUGAGAAAAUUUGUUUUUUUACGGAUUAAUGAUUAUGAAAAAGUGUCUGACUUUUUAGGACAUCAAAGACUUUAUAUAGAAGUUAACGAUGAUGGAGUUAAUGAUCAAAAAAUUGAGAAAAUAAAAAAUUUCUAUAAAAACAGAGAAUAUAUAAAGAUUGAACAAUUUUAUUCGGAUCAACUCCACGAAUUGGAUUCUGAUGAAAAUAUAGAUAAUGAAGAAGAAGAAUUUAUAUUUAUUAAAGAAGAUCCUAAAGAUAAUGAAGGUAUUGCUGAAAAAAUUAUAUUUGAAAAAUUUAAAAAACCUGUUGGCAAAAAGUUUUUGAAGGAAAAGAUUGAAAAAUAUGACAGGAAUAAAAUUAAUAUUCCAGGGACAAAAAUUAUAGCAAAGGAACUCAUUGAAAAUGCAAAAGUUUAUGCAAAUAUUCUUGAAAUUGGUUUAGUCCAAUAUAUCACCUACUCACAUCGCUCAAGAAAAAAAGUUUACACACACCCACUUCAAGAUCUCCCACGUGAAAAUAAAGAAGCCAAAGAAGUUAAAAUAAAUAUUAAAAAAGAAGAUAUAAAAAAAACAAAGGUGAAAUGGAUUGUAAUCCCUGAGCUUAUGGAGUCUUACAUCAAUAGAAAAGAGCAUAUAUAUAAACAAAAAUUAGAAGAAGAAAUUAAUCAUUGUGAACAAAUAGAAACCGAACUGAAUACUAUAGAGCAUAUUGAUAAUUAG